AUGGCUCUUUCUACUUUUACUUCUACUUCUAGUACUAGACUCCUACUAUGUCUAGCGUUGUGUCUAGUGCUGACGGUGGUAAAUGGACAAGGCCAAGAUGAUGCUGCUAGUAGUACUACUAGCACAAACCCAUCUAGCCGCCCCGGCCGUGACUUUGGCAAUGGCGUGCCCAUGACGAACGAAGUAUUGCGCUCCGCCGUGUCGUUGUAUUUGGGCAGCGAUCACAACAAGGCCGAAAUCACAAAUCUACGAGGCCCCAUUGGCGAUUGGGACACUAGUGAGGUAACCAACAUGGCGGGACUCUUCAAAGGCGCCACGCAAAUGGACGAAGACUUGAGUCAAUGGAAUACCGCCAAAGUGACCGAUAUGAGUGACCUAUUCAAUGGAUGCGAAACGUUUCGUGGAAAACCAUUUUUGGACCAUUGGAAUACUUCGGCUGUCACGGACAUGACUCGCAUGUUCAAAAGCGCUGCCAAUUUUGUAGGAGAUCUGUCCAUGUUCAAUACCAAGGCGGUCACCAGUAUGGCGCACAUGUUUCAGGGAGCCACCUUUUUUGAAGGCGUGGGAGUAGAAACGUGGGAUGUCUCCAAGGUCCAAUAUUUCAAUUUCAUGUUCUCCAGAGCCACAAACUUUAAUGCCGAUGUGAGAAUGUGGGACCUGCAAAGUGCCAUCUUUAUGGAUCGCAUGUUCGAAUCCGCCGUUUCCUUCAAUCGCGAUAUUUCCAAGUGGAACAUGAGCAAUGUCGCUUCCAUCGAAGGCAUGUUUGAGAAUGCGGCCAAUUUUGAACAAUCGCUCUGUUGGGAUGAACUCAAUACCCAAAACAACAAUACCAAUGUCGACAAUCUCUUUUGUGGUGCCAGUCCACGAGCGCAUCUAGAUCCAUGCUGUGUCACACAACCACACAUUAUUGCCCAAGCCUGUUGUGGGAUCAAUUGCGAUACGUACUGUCAUGCCACUGACAACAACGCUUUCAACUUUAACAACAAAACAAACGACAUGGUCUCCAAUGAUACUCCCGAAGAGCAAGACACUCCCAACGACGAAGACGAUUCCAUUGCGCAAGAGGAUGCGGAAGGAGUGACGGAUGAUGAUGGAGUCAUGGACAAUCUCCCUGUACUCAACACUACCACCAUUGUACUCGACAUUUCCAGAUCCACCACGGCUCCCAACAAUGGUGAUAAUUCCGCAACAGAUGCACCACCAAAGCCAGAUGACAAAAACACCCCAUCCGAGGAAAGCAACAACAACAAUGGAGUGCAAGCCAUUGAAACGCAACAAGACAACAGCGACGACAACACCAGUCAAAGCUACUGGAAACAGAACCUCUGGUUGCGCAUUGUCGUCUACAUUCUCAUUGUCUGUGUCGCUCUCUUGAUUUUUACGUACAUUCUGCAAGCCACCACGGGUGGUCACAAGCAUCUUCGUAGCGGAAACAACAACAAUGGCAAUGCCGACGAGGGACCGCACAAUGGAUACGAAGCCGCCGCGGCAGCAGCAGCCGAACAUGACGACGAAGAAAUGGGAACCAAGGAUACUACAACAAAAGCGCCAGUGUUCACAACCGUCCUGACCAAACCAACCGACGAAGAUACCAAGGACUACGAAGAUGGACUCGAAGAAGAAGAGGAGGAAGCCGCAUCGGGAUCGUGUUCGGUUUCGUCCACCUCCACAACUCCCUCUGGAAUCAAUGUCACCACGGUCAACCUUACGUCCAACAAUUCCGUGAGCAGUAGUGUGGAUCAGGCGUCGACCGAAGAGGAAGAUACUGUACCGACGGGUGACUUGUUGGAUGUUCAAGGAGUGGAAACGUCAUUUACCCAAGAGUCGACGACGUCUGUGCUGCUGGAGCAGUAA